AUGAAUGCGGGGAGCCCGUCGUCCAACCUCCUUCCCCGGACCUCUCAUUUCCCCUCCCUGUUCCCUCAUUUCCCCCCCUCCCUCUCUCUUUUCCCCCACUACUCCUACCCCUUGUUUCCCCCUCUGCUUACCCUCGUUCCCCCCUCUCUUUUCCCUUAUUUCCCCCUCUCCUCUCCCUCGUUCCCCCCUCUCCAUCCCAUCAUUUCCCCCUCUGCUUCCCCUUGUUCCCCCUCUCCAUCCCCUUCUCUCACCUGUCCAUCCCUUGCCUCCCCUUCGCAUCCGUCUAAAGCUGUGAGCGAAAUCAGACACAACUUUCCCUCACAUCCCCUCUCCCUCCCCCGGUUUGUUACCCAUCCCUCCCCCUGUUUGUUACCCAUCCCUCUCCUCCACCCAUCCAUCUCCCUCUCCUUCCCCUCGUUCCCCCCUCUCCUUCCCCUCGUUCCCCCUCGCCUUCCCCUCGUUCCCCCCUCUCCUUCCCCUCGUUCCCCCCUCUCCUUCCCCUCGUUCCCCCUCUCCUUCCCCUCGUUCCCCCCUCUCCUUCCCCUCGUUCCCCCCUCUCCUUCUCCUCGUUCCCCCCUCUCCUUCCCCUCGUCCACCCCCUCUCCUUCACCUCAUUUCCCCCUUUGCUUCCCCUCGUUCCCCCCUCUCAUCCUUGUUCACCCCACAACUUCCCCUCAUUUCCUCUCAUCACCUCCCCUGCUCCCUCUCACUACCUCCCCUGCUCCCUCUCACUACCUCCCCAGCUUCCAAUCUUUUCUCCCUCUGCUUCCCCUCGUUUCUCCCUCUCUUUCCCUUCAUUUCCGUCCCUGCUUCUUCUUUGCCUGCUUUCUCUUCGAUUGCGUCUUGCCCACAGUUCCCCCCUUACCCUCCUUCCUCUGUUAUUUUCUAUGCUACCUGGGGCCCCGAACCUAUGGGAGGGAAGGCAGGGAUGUGAGGAGGGAAGGCAGGGAUGUGAGGAGGGAAGGCAGGGAUGUGAGGAGGGAAGGCAGGGAUGUGAGGAGGGAAGGCAGGGAUGUGAGGAGGGAAGGCAGGGAUGUGAGGAGGGAAGGCAGGGAUGUGGAGGAGCGCGGAUAA